AUGGAAAACGAACUAGGAUCGGACAUUGAACUGAUCGAAGAUGAGGAUAUGCUACGGGAAAUGGUACGAAAUGAUUGAAUUUGUUUAAAAAAAAUCUAGUUAUUUACUUUUCUUUUCUUUUAGUGGCAAAAAACCGAGGACUAUAGAAAAAAGAAAGAAAUUCGUAUGAGGAUGUUUAAGCUUCGGAAAAGACAUCUUAAAGAACUUUACACAACGGAAGAUAUGAUUCAAACUAAUGCUACAUCGGAACGCUCUUCGACAAACACUCAUACGGAAUCUAUUACGGAUCAAGGAUUUAUAAUGAAGAAAACGAAAGAGAUUAAAGAUUCUCAAUUACCUUCAGAAUUUUACGGAAAAAAAUUAAAUACUAAUACUAAUUUUCGAGUAAAAGAAGUAAAACCAAAAGAAAAAUCUCCAGUUAAACAACGAGAACAUUUUUCAGUUAAACAAUUAAAUUCUUUAAUAAAAGAAAUAAAACCAUCUUCUGAAGAAAAAGAUUUAGAUAAUGAGACUACAUUUACAGUUGCAGAUAGAGUGUCUAAGUUUUUUAAAAAUGUUCCCAAAAAAAAUGAAGAAAAACCUAAAGAAACCGUAAAAAAUCUUAAGGACGAAAAAUAUGAUACAAAAAUUAUACACAUUGAUGUUGACGAUUCGUCAGAGAAUACAAACAUACACAAACCAAUUUCGACACGGAAAAUUUCUAGAGCGUCUGGCUAUAAAGCCAGAAAAGAUUUUUUUGAAAACAAAAAUUUAAAUAAUAAUUCGGAUAUAGCAAUUCCAAUAACUACCCAAGAGAUAGUAAGAUCAUCAAUAAUAAACUGCCGUGCUUCAUUUGAAGUGAAUGAUGAUAAAAAAACACUAUUAAACGACAAAACCAACGUUCCAAAACAAACAACGCCAAAUACAAAACAUAGAUCACAUGACCGAAUAAUUGAAAGCCCGAUAAAGAUUAUGAACACAGAUAUAUUCGAUAUCAGAGUUGAGAAAAACAAUAAAUCUAGAAGAAUUUUGGAAUCAAAGACUAUAAAAGAUAGAAAAGCAGCUUUCGAAAAGAUCGAUGUUGCUGAAAAACCAGCUAGACAACAUAAAUUUACCCUAAAGAGCCAAUCUCCAAUUUCCAUAAUUAAUACAGAUAGACUCUUAGAAAUACAUAAUAAAUCAAGUGUGGUUCCUGAUAAACCUUCAGAGAAUGUCUCUACCAGAAGAAUUACAAGUUCUAAUAUCGGUAAAAAAAGCGCAGAAAAAACUAAAACCAUUGACUCUAUCAAUAAUGUUAGUGACAGUGCAGACGGAACAGUUUCGUCAAACAGUGCGGACNAAUUAUUAACCAUGAAACGCAAAUGAUUACAUAAUGUUGUUAAAUCAUCGGCUAGAUCUCCCCUAGUAAAAGUUUUUAAUUCGUCGAAAAAAUUUCAAUAUUAAACUAAUUAAAUUUAUCAAUAAUCUAAUAAUACAAGAUAUACAAAUAAAAUUUAAAAAAAGACAAUAGCAAAAGAAUACAGUAUUUUUUUAUUUUUAUUUUUCAUUUUCCUAAAGAUCGAAAAGUCUUUGUUUUAUUAUACACUAGCUGCCCGUUCAUAUAAAACAUUGUCAUGACUUAUUAAAUUACCCUCAAUUUACUGUUCUGUUUCAAGCAUUAUGUGUUUAAAUCCUAUAAAAUUUUAACAUAUUAAUUAUACAAUUUAAUUUUAUACCUAUUAGAAUAUAUUAUGUAAAUAGUUACUUUAAAGUGUAUAUUUUAUUUGGUAUCCAUUUAAAAUUUACUACUGACACAUUUAACUUAGGAGUGCAUAGGCUAAAUUCUUUUACAUCAACACAUCGUUUACAAAUUACAAAUACUGUGAAAGCCAUGUCUAUUUAUUCACUAAUUAGUGGUCAACAAUGUUUAUAAUUAUUAUAACUCAUGUAAUGGAAUGUUACACUUUCUACAUUUGAUAACUUAAAAAAAACUAAAUAAAAAAUUGUCUAAAAGUUAAAUAACGCAUUUUAUAACUCGAUAUCAUAAUUAUAUAAAGUAGGUAUAUAUUAUCAAUACCUUUUAAUAACCACUAAUUUGAAAAAAGGUGGAUGGAAAAUAAAAUUCUAGAAAGCGAACCCCAUUGCACAUAUACACCAUAUACUAAAUAUGCCAAAAUUAUCUAAAAAAUUGUCUAAAAGAUAAAUAACGCAUUUUAUAACUCGAUAUCAUAUUUAUAUAUAGUAGGUAUAUAUUAUCAAUACCUUUUAAUAACCACUAAUUUGAAUAAAAGUUGUAUGGAAAAUAAAAUUCUAAAAAGCGAACCCCAUUGCCCAUAUACACCAUAUACUAAAUAUGCCAAAAUUAUUAUACAAAUUACAAUUUUAAUUCAGUACGUACUUAUUUGGUUUUUUUUUACGAGUACUAUUAAACACUGAAAAUAAACAUGAUCCUUUCAGAAUUAAUUAAUAUUGACAUUUUUUCGACAAAUAAAAAACUUUUUCAAGGGAAGUUCUAGUUGAUGAAUUACCAACAUUAUGUAAUAAUUUGUUUUUCGUGGUUUAUAACUUAGUCACUUCCUUGUUAAAUUUUAAUCAUUUAGCUUUGUGCCAAUUUCAGUUAUUUAUAAUUAAAAGCGAAAAAAAAAGUAAAAUACAUCUCAAAUUUUCAAACAUUUCUGUAAAGUCUAACAAUUGUAUCCACAGAGUACCUACUGAAUGAAAACGAAGGAAAAAGCUAGCAAAAUAAAAAUAUCAAUAAAUAGGUUAAAAAUUAAUCGUGUAAUUUUAAAAUUUUACUACAUCACCAUCUGGAUUAAAACUUCAACAAAAAUGACAUAAAUGUGUAUUUAAUUAAUUUUAAAAUUUACCAAUCAAAAAAUAACGUGUUAAACAAAUAAAACAAUUUCUUAUUCAAUACAUAUUUCUACAUUUAUUAAAUGUUAUUAUAUUUUUAUCUAGCUUGAAAAGGCAAUGUGUUACGAUCAAAAAAGACGAAUAAUAGCGCAAAUACGAAGUGUUAAACGUCACCUUGAAACAACAAUACGUGGAAAGGAUACAAGAAAAAGUCCUGAACCAGUACAAAAAACCAAAUCUAUUAUAAAAAGACAAGCUGAAGAACCUAAUGUGAAUAGCGAAAAAUAUGAAAUAAAAAUUAUACACAUUGAUGUUGACGAUUCGUCAAAGAAUGCAAACACACACAACCCCAUUUCGACACGGAAGAUUUCAGGAGCGUCUGACUUUAAAGCCAGAAAAGAUUUUUUUGAAAACAAAAAUUUAAAUAAUAAUUCGGAUAUAGCAAUUCCCAUAACUACCCAACAGAUNUUGAACCAACAAUACGUGGAAAGGAUACAAGAAAAAGUCCUGAACCAGUAA